UUUGUCCCGUUCCGUGACUUCCAUGACGCGAAUUCGGUCACAGAGAGCAAGCGUCGUCUCUCCAAAGCAGUGCUUGCUGAAAUCCCAGACCAACUGGUCUCCUACAUGCGAAUGCAAGGAAUCAAACCACUGCGUCUGUCCAAAGCCCGUGCCAAACGCGAGGCUGGCUCCGAGCAGGUGCUGCAAAUGCCCGCGCGUCACAAUCAGUCGGGUGCAUUAUCCGAUAUGGUAGGAUCUCGUGUCCUGCCUAGUGCUCCUCCGGCCCACUGA